AUGGGGUUCAGCUGUGCCCGUGAUGGUGACUUCUCUUUCUUGCUGUGUGAAGAGGACGACGUGGUGGGGGACAUUUUUGGGUGCAAUGGCGAAGAGGAGGAGCUUCCGGUGUUGGGGAUGGACAUGGCCUUUGCUGCGCUGCCAUCACAGAGCGAUGAGGUCGUUGCAUCCCUGAUGGAAAAGGAGAAGGAGCAGCUGCAUAGUGUUGCAACGGGAGAUUACCUCCAGAGGUUGUUGAGCGCUGGAGGACUGGAGUCAUCUUGUAGGAUUGCUGCCAUUGAUUGGAUCAAAAAGGCUACGGAUUAUCAUUAUUUUGGACCAUUGUCUGCUUAUCUUGCUGUUAACUAUCUUGAUAGAUACCUCUCCACAAAUCAAAUCCCAGCUGACCAGCCAUGGAUGCCGCAGUUGCUGUCCAUUGCUUGCCUAACCAUUGCGGCCAAGAUGGAGGAGACCGUGGUUCCUCGACGUCUGGAUUUCCAUGAUCAGAAUCAGAAGUAUACUUUCGAAUUAGUUACUAUUCAGAGAAUGGAGAUUCAUGUUCUGGGCUCUCUGAAUUGGAGAAUGCAAGCUGUGACGCCAUUCUCUUACAUCAACUAUUUCGUGGACAAGUUCACUGAGGGGAAGCCGCUAAGUUGCGGAUUCAUUUCUCGGUGCACCGAGAUCAUACUUGGCACUCUUGAAGCAACGAAGUUCCUACAGUUCAGGCCUUCUGAGAUCGCAGCAGCAGUGGUUCUAUCAGCGGCUGCUGAGUCUUAUGUCAUUGUCUUCAGUAGCGCUCUUUUAGCUGCUAAUAUCCCUGUCAGUAAGGAAAAUGUAAAGAGAUGCCAUGAAGCAUUGCAAGAAGUGGGAUUAGUGAAGAAAACAGACUACAGUGUGAUGAGUCCAUCUCGCGUGCUGGAUGCCUCAUGCUUCAGCUUCAAGACUGACGAUAAACCGAUAGCCGGUUCAUCCCAGGGGAACAACAACAAUAACAACUACAACCAAGCUUACGCUCCACCUAACAAGAGGACAAGGCUGGAUAUCUAG